AAUGGUUUUUGCGCUCACAAAACCAUAUUCCUCUCACUGACCUAAUCAUAACUGGAAAAGCUAAAUCAUUUGCAAAAUUGCUUAAUAUUCCUGAUGAUGCAUUGACAUUUUCUUCUGGGUGGCUUCAAAGCUUUAAAAAUAGAAACAAUUUGAAAAGAUAUCAAUUGCAUGGAGAAAGUGGAUCAGCUGAUACCAAUGCAAUUGAAAAUGCACUUCCUGAUUUAAAAACAAUUAUUAACUCCUUUAGACCUGAAUGUGUAUAUAAUAUGGAUGAAACAGGACUAUGGUUAAGACUAUUUGAUCAAAGAAUGAGUGGUAGAAAGGUGUUAUUAUUACUUGACAAUGCACCUUGUCAUAUAAUUGAAGGGGUAGAAUUGAAAAAUACACAGAUUAAAUUCUUACCACCAAACUCCACAUCAAAGAUUCAACCUUGUGAUGCUGGAAUUAUUGCAUCUUUCAAGAAACAUUACUGUUGUCGAUUUGUACAUCACCUUUUUGAAAAGUUUGAGGAUAAUGAACAGGUUGCCAAACUUAAUGUUUUAGAAGCUAUACUAUUCAUUAAAACAGUUUGGAGAGAUGAUGUUACAAUAAAUACCAUUGCCAAUUGUUGGAAGCAUACUGCUAAAUCAUUUGCAAAAUUGCUUAAUAUUCCUGAUGAUGCAUUGACAUUUUCUUCUGGGUGGCUUCAAAGCUUUAAAAACAGAAACAAUUUGAAAAGAUAUCAAUUGCAUGGAGAAAGUGGAUCAGCUGAUACCAAUGUAAUUGAAAAUGCACUUCCUGAUUUAAAAGCAAUUAUUAGCUCCUUUAGACCUGAAUGUGUAUAUAAUAUGGAUGAAACAGGACUAUGGUUAAGACUAUUUGAUCAAAGAAUGAGUGGUAGAAAGGUGUUAUUAUUACUUGACAAUGCACCUUGUCAUAUAAUUGAAGGGGUAGAAUUGAAAAAUACACAGAUUAAAUUCUUACCACCAAACUCCACAUCAAAGAUUCAACCUUGUGAUGCUGGAAUUAUUGCAUCUUUCAAGAAACAUUACUGUCAUCGAUUUGUACAUCACCUUCUUGAAAAGUUUGAGGAUAAUGAACGGGUUGCCAAACUUAAUGUUUUAGAAGCUAUACUAUUCAUUAAAACAGCUUGGAGAGAUGAUGUUACAAUAAAUACCAUUGCCAAUUGUUGGAAGCAUACUGGUAUUAUUAAAUUUGAUAAUAAUGAAGAGACAGA